UGGGCGGACUGACACUGAUGAUGUGAUGUGGGCUGGAACUUUAACUUUUCAGGUUUCUUUUCUUCAUUUAUGGAGGAUUUCUCUGUUAUAUUAUGCAAAUAAGAUGUUGUGCAUCAGUUGAGAAAUAUUGAAGGUAUAUACGAACAUUUCUUUACCUCGUUGCCUAGGCUAAAAAAGGGUGAGGUUACAUUACUGAAGACUGGCUUCUGGCAUCUACGUCAUCAGACGUUCCUCAUUGGCUAGCGCUGCCACCCAGUGAACUUAUUUAGACCCUUCGAAACUACAAAUGCCAUGUGGAUGAACAUCAUUAGAGUCUCAACUGGUGCCCAUCGAGCAUGGUUGUCGAAACAUCUGAGGGUUGCUCGGUACCAUGCCGACAAUGGUAUCUAUGGUUACAAGCCAUCUGCCUGGAUGCAAAAUCAGUCUCCCAAAGUUAUGGAGUUGGAGACAAAUCGCAUCAGGAAUGCUAGUCUGUUGCAACUGGUCGAUGCAUACCGCUCCCAUGGUCACAAGAGGGCCAAGAUAGAUGCAUUGGCCAUGCAAAAACCCAAACCUACUCCAGAGUUAGAUCCUUCACUGUAUGGUCUCUCAGCAUCGGAUGGUACUAAUUUCGACCUCACAGGUAUUGUGAAUAUAGGUCAAGAGACUGCGCAUUUGUCCGAUAUCGUCCAGCACUUAGAACAGAUGUACUGUGGCACCACAUCAGUGGAAUUCAUGCAUCUUCCGGCAAUGGAAGAGAGAGCAUGGUGUGCUGAACGCUAUGAGGAGAUGCACAGAACUACCCUUUCUAAUGAAACCAAGAUGCAACUAGCGAUACUCUUGGCCAAAGCGCAGGCUUUGGAGAAUUUUAUGGCAGUCAAGUUCACAACUGUCAAACGCUACGGAGGGGAAGGGGCAGAGAGUGUAAUGGCACUGUUCUAUCAGCUCCUACAAGCAGCAGCGCAGUCUGAUCUCGAGCAGAUGGUUCUGUGUAUGCCGCAUCGAGGCAGACUCAUUGUUCAAGUCGGUCUUCUUGAGUUAUCAGCAACCCUCGUCUUUAGGAAGAUGAGCGGGCUACCAGAGUUUCCUGCGACUAACAAGGAGUGUGUUGGAGAUAUUCUUACCCAUUUGUAUCAGUCAGUCGAUUUGGAGUACAACAAUGGGAAAAUCCAUUUUACUAUGAUUCCAAAUCCAUCACAUCUAGAGGCCAAUCUUCCUGUUUGCAUGGGGAAGGCCAGAUCUCGCCAGCAGUCCCUCCAAGAGGGUGACUACAGUAAGGAUGAUGGUUCCUUAGUAGGAGACAAGGUCCUCUGUGUACAGGUACAUGGAGACGCUGCAUACGCUGCUCAGGGCAUGGCAAGUGAGAUGCAAGUUUUGGCGGAACUGCCCCAUUACAACGUGGGAGGUUCCAUCCACGUUGUGGUGAAUAACCAGUUGGGCUUCACCACUCCGGCUGAUCGGGGGAGGUCGUCCGUUCAUUGCACUGACAUAGCAAAGAUGAAUGGGAACCUGGUUGUGCAUGUAAAUGGAGACGAACCUGAGGAAGUUGCUAAGGCCAGUCAGUUUGCCUUUGACUACAAGCAGAAGUUCCGUCGUGAUGUCUUCAUUGAUAUGCAGUGCUUCCGGCGCCUUGGCCACAAUGAGAUUGAUGACCCUUCUUUCACUCAACCUACCAUGUAUGGAAUCGUCAAAUCUAGAACGAGUGUUCCUGAUCUCUACCUCGAUAAAGUCACUAAUGCUGGUGAAGUCAAUAGGGACGAAAUAGACCAAGCCGUGGCUGAGAAUCAGGAGAAACUGAACCAAUGUCUGAAGGCUGCCAAGACCCAUGAGCCGGAGCCUACCACCUUACAGCAACAAUGGAGUGGCUGUGUCCAAGCCCCUGCUCAUAUCACAAGCUGGGAUACAGGUGUUGAUGUUGAUGUUCUGCGCUUUGUUGCUGCAAAGUCUGUCACACUGCCAGAGGAUUUCACGCCCCAUCAUCAUCUUGUCAAAACAUUCCUUGAGGCUCGUCAGAAGAAGAUCGUGGAAGGGAAUGCCAUAGAUUGGGCUACUGCAGAGGCAAUGGCUGUCGGCUCCCUGCUCUAUCAGGGAUACAAUGUGAGGAUAAGUGGUCAGGAUGUAGGUAGGGGUACGUUUAGCCACCGCCAUGCCAUGCUAGUAGACCAGACUGAUGACAGUGUGUAUGUUCCACUCAACCACAUCACUCCUGAGCAGAAAGCCUUCUAUGAGGUUGCUAACAGUCCCUUGUCUGAGGAAGCAGUGUUAGGGUUCGAGUACGGCAUGACACUGGAGAACCCCAACAAUCUGAUCAUUUGGGAAGCCCAAUUUGGAGACUUCUACAAUGGCGCACAGACUAUUAUUGACACUUACGUCAUCGGAGGAGAAGUGAAAUGGUGUUUACAGAGUGGUCUGGUCAUGCUCCUUCCCCAUGGCUUCGACGGGGCUGGUCCGGAACAUUCUUCUUGUCAUAUGGAGAGAUUCCUACAGCAGUCUGACAGUAAGGAAGAUUCCGCAGAUGGUGACAAUGUUAAUAUCAGUAUUGUUCAUCCAACGACUCCUGCACAGUAUUUCCAUCUACUCAGGAGACAGAUGGUGAGGAAUUUCCGUAAACCGUUGAUCGUCGCUUCCCCCAAGGUUUUGUUGCGACUCCCAUCAGCUGUUUCAUCCCUGGCUGACAUGGCUCCAGGGACAAGCUUCAAACCUGUUAUAGGAGACACCAAAGCUAAUCCAAAACAAGUGGACCAUGUGAUUUUCUGCUGUGGCAAGCACUACUACAAUCUGAUCAAAGAGCGAGAACAACGUGAGGCUUAUAAUACCGCCAUCAUUAGAAUCGAGUCCCUCUGUCCGUUUCCAGCUGCCGAGGUCCAGACAGAGCUCAACAAGUACCCCAGUGCUAAAGUGUUCACAUGGAGCCAGGAGGAGCAUCGUAACAUGGGUCCCUGGUCGUUUGUUUCACCCCGCUUUGCCAAUAUCGCCGGAUGCAAGCUUCGCUAUUCUGGUCGUGGUGUUCUAGGUGUCCCUGCAGUGGGCAUGUCUAAGCUACACCAGGCAGAGGUCAAACAGCUUAUGGAAGAUGCAUUCAGGUAGUUCAAGCCUUUUAACAAGAAAAUAGGUAUUUAACACACUAGUAUAAUUUUCUGAAAGCCUCCCCUGAAAUCGGCGGCGAGAACAAGAACAAAUUUUAGGCCUUUUUCCUCGACUCAAAGCUCAUGAAUGUUCUGGGGUCUACAAGAUAUUUUAGUGAGAAUAAAAUUGGUCUCUUUUAGUUUGUUUCAGUCCUAAAAUAAAAACUAGAGAUUGCUGUGUGUAGUGUACCUGUGCUUAUUUUCAAGCAAACUUAAAUCGUUGAUUCUGAUUGGCCGAUCCAUAGCAACAAGAGUGUGAUACAAAUCUUAUUUAAACGGCCGCUGUGCAUCAAGCUUGCUUGAAGAUAAAUUUGUUAUUACACAUGCGCUUGUGGAAUACGUAAAGGUAAAGCAUGGAAAAUAUAGCAAUAAAGUAUUAUUUUUAUUAUUAUAAACUCAUGUCAAAGUCUGCCAAAUUUUGAACACAUUUGUUUGGAAUACCGACCUGGAGUGGUUAAAAGCUUCACUUUUGAAUAAUUUUCCCACCGUGAUUCCACUGUUAUAUCGUUGAUUUGUAUUUUAGUACUGGAGUCCACAUUGCAUCUGUUAACUUUUGUAUUGCACUAUCCACUGAGAUUAACUCUUUGAUUACUUUGUUUUCCUGACGCACUUUUGAAAGUAUCUGCAAUCAUGCUCUACUAAUUUUUGUUACAGUGGAAAGCUGCCAUAUCAGACAACACAAAAUCGUUUGAAAACCAAGGUUUACAUUAAUUGUUAUGAUGUUGUAUUUAAUCCUCCUAUCUAAACAUUUAAUUCCAACCAACCAAUUCAUGUGGUUUUGAGCGAUAAAUGCACUAUUUCUGCCUGCAUUAUUGUAAAUAUCAUUUGCAGGGACUGCAGUACACAGAUACUUGAACUCAGAUAAUUUCGUGCACAGCUGUGCACCGAGAUUGGAAUGGAAAUAACUGUUGAAAAACCUCUCUUUUUUUUCUGCAAGAGUUGACUUCCACAAAUGUUGAUUCAGCAUGCUACUGAUGUAGGAACAGACAUUGAAGGGAAAUUUAUGUGAAAAACUUAAGCAAGUAUUUAUCACCACCAAGCAAAGCCACAAAUCAUGCAAGAUGUGUAAUUAAUAUUUGUAUCUUAUUUCUGAAAUAUGGAAGAAAUAUUCUUUACGAUCUUACAAUUGUUUUAAGUUCCCGACAGCUAUUUUAUCUAAGUGCAUAAUCUGAAAUAUGUCAAAAUUUUACUUGGAAUAUAAAUGUUAACUCUUUCAUUGCCCACUUUUUUGUUUGCGUUUUGAGGUUUUUGUGUAGAAGAAAUGUGUAAGUCUUUCUCAUCAAACAAAUUAUAUCUUGCUGAUUUCUGUUGUCUUGGUGUACAUGCUGUAUUCAACAUUAUUCCUUGUUAGAGUGCCCUCUCAUGAUGAGAUGUUUCUUAUGUUUCUUACAUGUACGAUCAAUGAAACUUGUUGAGUACAUAAAAUAGAUUAUACAUGUGCAACCUCUGAAUGAGUUGAAGAUGACAAUAACCCAAGAAAUUUGUUUAACUUGAUGUGUCAACACUUUCCAAAGGUAUGAACGUGUAUUCUCUGGAAGCUUAGCAGUUUACACUUUUCAAUAUUCCAGACAUGCCACUGCAGUUUGAAACUAAUACAGCUAGACUUUAUACUGUGUUUUGACAUUUUCAACGCCAAAGCUGGGAACCAUGAAAGAAGAUGAUAAGUCGCUUGCCUAAAUUUUUAAAACUUUAUUUCUUUAUUUACUUUUAGACUCACAUGCAGGGUUCUUUUUAAAUUGGAUAAUGGUAUAUAUAUGGGUCAAGGAAAAAUCUAUUUUAUAAUAUUAUUUUGGGGAUAUUGUUUUACAUUUUUGUAAAAGUUUCAAUGUAUUUAAUUGUCCAAAAUACUUGUCGUUUUGCUUGAAAUUUCUCAAUGCAAUAUCUUACUGAAGUAUUCACCAGGAAUAAUUAUUUGGUGUGCCGAAAAUCUGGAAAGCAAUCUUCGUCCAAGAGAGAAAACAAACGUUUUUUUUACAAACAGAAUUUUGUAGCCAUUUAUGUAUUACAAACAGUCAUAUAAUUUUAUUGCAAAAUUAAAGAAAGUAUUUUGAAAUGUAUUAUAUAACACAAUCAAUGUUGGAGAUUGUUUAUGAUGGUUCUUAAUUGGGUAGAAAUACUUUUUUUGCUGCAAUAACAGGCUAGAGUAUGGUGUAAGCAAAUUAAAUAUUUGGCCGUGAAUAAACAACAUUGCCUACAACAAAAGGCUAGAUUGCUCAGUUAGUAGAGUGCCAGCACGUUAACCUGGAGGUCGUUGCUCAAAAUCUGCUUUAGUAAAGUUGUUUUUGUUCAACGCCAAAUCAUUAAACUUUAAAUACAAAAUA